CCUAUUAGCAGCCCAAAUUUCAUCGAAUUUGGAGAACUUUUUGAAAACCGGGGGUGUCCUUUAAAAAAGAAUGGUUAUCUGAUCCACAAUAUUCUCCAUUUUUAAAAGAAUAUAAAAAUGAUGCAACAAAAGCGUUAUGCAUUCCGUGUAAUAUUCAAUUUUCAAUUCAAAAUAGUGAAAUAAGUGAUGUAAAUAAUCAUAUGAAAACAAAAAAACAUCAAGAGUGUCUUAAAUCUAUUGACUCAAACAAAUAUAAUAUUUUCCUUACAAUAUUAAUAAAAAAAUCUUCCUAUUAUGUUGUAUUUCUUUCUAGCAAAAACAAUAGAUUCAAUAUUUCAUUCAACAAUAUCUGAACUUAAUCGAAUAUCUGCUACUGAAGCAGUUCUAAUGUUCCACGGUGUAAAACAUUGCCAUAGUUAUCUUUCACAAUCAUGCACCACCAAAUUAACAAAAAAAUGCUUUUCAGAUUCUAUUUUACCAAAAAACAUUAUAUCUCUGGCUCAUGAAACAGCUUGUAAUGUAUUAGCACCAGCUUUCACAAAGUAUUUAGUUAAAGAACUUCAAAGUGCUGCCUAUUUUUCAAUUUGUUAUGAUAUAUCAAAUAAAAGAAAUGAAAAAAUGUUGCCUAUAGUAGCUCAAUAUUUUUCUGAUUUUGGUGUCAAACAUGGGAUUAUCGAAUUUAUCGAACAACAAGAUGAAUCAGCUGAUGGAUUAUUUGCUAAUAUUAAAUAUGUAUUAGAAUCUCAUGAAUUAGAAUUAGAAAAACUUUGUUCACUAGGAUCUGAUAAUACAAAUGUAAAUGUUGGUAAUAAACAUAGUGUUUUUUCAUUAUUUAAUGAAUUAAUACCACUUUUAGUUCAAGGUAAUUGUUACUGUCACAUCCUUCACAACUCAGUUAAACACGAACAUGAUCAUUUAUUAUUUGAUAUAGAAGCUGCUAUUUUAAAAAUUUAUUCACAUUUUUGUCGGUCAUCUGUUCGUUCACUCGAAUUAACAAAAUACUUCGAUUUCAUUGAUCAAGAACAGAAGGUAAUCAAAUAUAUGUGA